GAUUUCCGGUCGUCCUUGUUUUCAUUGAUUUUGUAUUUGUUUGUUUUUUAUUUUUUGCAAUGGGAAGCAUUUUAUUCAGUACGAUAGAAUUGGUCAUUUUAUUCCUGGCGUUAACCAAAAUUAAUGCCUCUACCGAUGUUGGACAGAUAGAACCCGUCGAGACUGGGUCCGGGACGCCUUUGACCGAGGAGAUAGACCUGCUGGAGCAGCUCUUCUGGCAGGUGGGAAACAGCAGUAACUCCUCCAUCAGCCUGGAGGGACAGAAAUGCCCCGUGUUGCAGGUGGGGCAGUACUCCACCCUCUCCCUGCCCCUGCGCCAGGCCUUUGGAGCCAGGUUUGCGGACGAGUUCAGCCUCCUGAUGCAGCUGCGCAGCGAGCAGAUGGAGGAGCGCAGUCUGCUCACCCUCCUGAGCCCCCACAGCCACAUCCUGCUGCAGAUCCGCCUCAACCCCUACACCUUCAGCCUGGUCACCACGCAGCAGCGCCACUACGAGUUCCCGGUUGGGGCGCUGUCGGACGGGCAGUGGCACCGGGUGUCGGUGGGCGUCUCUGCACAGAGCUUGGCCCUGUAUGUGGAUUGCGUGCUGACGGAGAAAGUGAACUGGACGUACCCAGGAAUGGACAUAGCCACCGACGGCCUGCUGAUGGUGGGCGGCAUCAUUGAGGACUUCGAGACACCCUUCGAGGGCAGCCUGAGGCAGCUGACCUUCCUCAUGGGAAAUCCAGAUGCUGCAGGUGACCACUGCACCUUCCAUGUGCCUGCGUGUGGCGGGGUGCCCCCAAAACCGCCCCGCUCCCCAAAAACGCCCCGCACACUAGAGGACCUCAUUCUCUCCUCAAAUGACCUGGAAGACUUGUUUGAGAGUUCAGAGAGCUCUGUCGGUGGACAGGACCCACUAACCCGCGGAGGUGCUCGUGGCGAUGGGGGGGCCCCUCUCGGCCCCCGGAGACCAGGUACACUGGAACGGGGUGACUUAUUUCUGCUGGAGGAGGACACCGACCUGGCAGACCCAAACAUCCCGCCCCCUGGUGGGAAAAAGCGGCCGCGGCCCAAACCCAGCUCCGCCUCCAAAGUUCUGGACGAGAACAUCACCACCGACAAGACCAAGGCCGGGGGCGGCGGGAGGGACUUCCCCGGUAAACCCUCCGAUGACAUCAUCGACCUGGACUCCUCCUCUUCCACCUCCAGCGGCCUGAAGAAAACCCCCGUGGGGGGAAAGGCCCUAUCCGAGACCCCUCUCCGCCCCCAGCGCCCAGACAACCGCUCGAGGGAGCACGAUGCCCGUCCCUCAGCUGUGCCGCCCAAAGGCUCCGCCCCCGCCCCUACUCACGCCCCCAGGCCCAGAUCAGAACCAGACACCGUGACUGCGGAGCGUGACCUGGCCGCGCCCACACACCUGGGCCAGGGGCCGCACGGCGACAGGGCCCCGGCAGGGGAAACACCCGCAGGCACAGCCAAGAUCCCCCCCAGAGAUGGGGACAUCAUCCGAGGCUCCGAUAACAAGAUGUACAGGGUCCGAAAAGGCCCCCGAGGGCCAACGGGUCCCUACGGAAAGCCAGGUUGUUCCGGGCCAAGAGGCUAUGCUGGCUUUAAAGGUGACAAGGGCUCCAGGGGGCCGGUGGGUCGUGACGGGCCCAGGGGCAUGCCCGGGCCCCCGGGCCCACAGGGACUGCCCUCAUUCUACCUGUGGAGGAACACCUUCGAGGACUGGGCUGCUUUUAGGCGAACCUCCAUCUUCCAACUACUGCAAGUGGGCUGGCCUAGAGAACAGGGACCUCCUGGACCAAUGGGAGCACCAGGAAAGCCAGGCCUGCCUGGGCCAGAGGGGGAACCCGGAACGAGAGGGGCAGUAGGGCGCAUGGGGGACAUGGGUGAUCCAGGGCCGAAGGGCGUGGCCGGCAGGAAGGGACUCCAGGGGCGAGAUGGAGAACCUGGACAAGAUGGGCAGCCAGGAGUCCCAGGACACCCAGGGCCAAAGGGCCCUCAAGGAUUCAAAGGAGAGUCAGCCCCUCGAGGAGAGAAAGGGGAAGAGGGGCCGAAGGGUGUCAAAGGGGUGCAAGGACUCCAUGGUCUGCAGGGGCCAGAGGGGGAGCCCGGGCCUGAUGGGGACACGGGACCUCCGGGCCUGGUGGUGAGUUAG